GUGCGCACAAUGUAGCCGCGCGCUGCGUGUCCGCUGCGCAGCUGCCGAGCUCCACAGCAUCUCGUCUGCCUUCUCACCAAACAGUGCGCUGAUUGUCAGGGCUCCUCGUACGAGCUCAUCCACGCUGCGCGUUUCUCCUUCAAACAGGCAUCCUUCCUCAUUCCACGCACUCUUAACAGCUUACUGUUCGGUUCACUGCAAGCUCAAGCUGAACUUACACUUUACAGGUAUGCGAAAGCGGAACAGCUCCCAGCCCCUGGACCAUGACAGCGCCGUCACCAACACGCUGCUGGACUCGACCCCGAACCUGAACCCUGGCGCGAAGAGCUGUCGUAGGAAAGGCAAAGUGGUGCUCGACUCCGCUCCUCUGGAUGCUGCUCGGAAGCCCAUGGGGAGGACGUCGAGAAGGUAUCGCCUGAUGCCCAGGCUGAAGAAGAUCUUCCUGUGGGUUCUGGCUGUCUACAUUGCCAUUCCCUUCAUCGUAAAGCUGUGCCCCUCCAUCCAGGCUAAACUAGUCUUUUUAAACUUUGUUCGUGUGCCCUACUUCAUUGACCUGAAGAGACCUCAAGACCAGGGCUUGAACCACACCUGUAACUUGUACCUACACCCAGAGGAGAAUGUCAACAUUGGCGUGUGGCACACAGUCCCAGCCCAGCUCUGGAAGGAUGCCCAGGGGAAGGACCAGCUGUGGUACGAGAGCACCUUCCAGUCCUCGCACCCAGUCAUACUGUACCUACAUGGCAAUGCUGGGACCAGGGGUGGGGACCACAGAGUACAGCUCUACAAGGUUCUCAGUUCAUUAGGCUACCAUGUAGUGACAUUUGAUUACAGAGGAUGGGGCGACUCGGAAGGCAGCCCUUCAGAGAGCGGCAUGACUUCAGAUGCCCUUUAUGUCUUCCACUGGGUAAAGGAGAGGAUUGGAAAGAAGCCCCUGUAUAUCUGGGGCCACUCUUUGGGAACAGGUGUGGCGACUAACCUGGUUAGACACCUGUGUGACAGAGGGACACCACCGGACGCGCUGAUCUUGGAGUCUCCGUUCACGAACAUCCGAGAGGAGGCUAGGAGUCAUCCUUUCUCAAUGGUUUACAGGUAUCUGCCUGGGUUUGACUGGUUCUUCCUGGAUGCUAUAACGGCAAACGAUAUUCGAUUUGCAAGUGAUGAAAAUAUGCACCACAUCUCGUGCCCAGUGCUCAUCCUCCAUGCUGAAGACGAUACCGUGGUACCAUUCCACCUAGGCAAGAAGCUGUACAACAUCGCUGCCCAGUCCCAGAGCUUGAGUGGCCAAAAGGUCCAGUUCAUCCCCUUUCCCAUCAGCCUUGGCUACAAGCACAAGUUCAUCUACAGGAGCCCGGAGCUACCACAGAUCCUAAGUGACUUUCUUGGGACAGUCCAUCCCCACGCGUAGCAGAAUGGAAGGCCUUUCUCUGACUCGGUUAUUCCGUCACACAUACACACACAGCACAUGAGUUGCAUCGACAUGCACGCGUGUGUUCCUGGACAUAUCUUGCCAAGUUACGUAUACACUCUCUAAAGCAAGGACUGAAAACGCUCCAUUUUUUUUUCCCUUUUAUCAUUCCUUUGGAAACCGAAGUAGGGUUAGGUUGAAGACGACCGAGAAGGUCGGGGUGACCACUUGCCUGGCCCUACCGGGUGGCACGGUUCCACAGUUUUAGGACUCGCCCUGAGCACAAAGUAGAUGAUGUCAUUUACGCACUAAAUGAACUGGAACCUUUUUUGCCACUGAGCCCAUGUGGUGGGAAGAACUGUGGAUCUAAGCGUAUGGAAGCAAGAUGAAGAGGGGAUUCCAGGGAUCAAGUAUAUUUUCACUGAAAUUCCAACAGCUUCACGUAAAGAAAGUGA